AUGGCUUCCACCAUCCCUCGGGACCCCGUGCAUAGCAACCACUAUGUGGACUACGUGAUUCGCUACAACUUUGCUGGUGAGACCGACUCCUCCCACGCCACAGAGCAACUCGAUCGACUGCUGCGGAAACUAUUCGAGGUUGGACUGCAGACGGAAGUGAGGCAAGGAGACGAGUCCUCCCUGCUGGUAUUUGUCCGAGCGUCGCGGAAAAAGAGCCUGAAGCGCGCCCUUUAUCAAUCCCGUAUUCGCGAUUGGCUCUAUGGCGUCCGCAAUACCGAGCCUGAAUCGGAAUCCUCCGCCGAGCCUCAGUCGGAAUCGGAGCGUCUGCGCAUCAUCUACCAUAUGAUUACCGUCCCCAAAGAAGCAGGCGGCGCUGGCAUCACCCCGAAACAUGGCGAGUGGAAAUGUGUCGAUGCGAUCUUUCCAUUGCAUGACGAGGACAUGAAUAGGCAGUGUAUGAGGGAUUGGAGCCGAAAGACUUUUCUCUCCCCCGAGGAUCUGGAUCAGAUACGGAACACAUUCGGAGAAAGUGUCGGCUUUUACUUCGCUUUUCUGCAGUCGUACUUUAGGUUCCUCCUCUUCCCCGCCGUGUUUGGAUUCUCUUGCUGGCUGUUGCUUGGGUCUUUUUCGAUAAUCUACGCGGUGGUCAAUUGUCUGUGGUGUAUUUUCUUUAUCGAAUACUGGAAGCGUCAAGAGGAGGAUCUGAGCUGCCGCUGGCAAACCAAGGGCGUCUCAGCUGUCAGACCUAAGAGACGAGAGUUCAAGCCUGAAAGGGAGGUUCACGAUGAAAGCACUGGGGAAACCAGAGGGGUAUUCCCUGCGACCAGGCGGAUGUAUAGGCAACUGCUGAUUGUCCCAUUUGCCUUGGUCUCUGCGGUUGCCUUGGGUGUAAUUAUCGCCACGUGCUUUGCCAUUGAGAUCUUUAUCUCAGAGAUAUACAAUGGCCCGCUCAAGACAUACUUGGUUUUUAUCCCGACCAUCUUGCUUUCGGCUCUGAUUCCGACGAUGAGCACGGUCUUAGCGUCUAUUGCUACUAGGCUCAAUGACUACGAGAACUACGAGACUCAGCCUGCAUACGACGUGGCAUUGACGCAGAAGAUCUUUAUUAUCAACUUUGUCACCUCAUACCUACCAAUUUUCCUGACGGCCUUCGUCUACGUACCCUUUGCGAGUCUGAUCGUGCCGUAUCUCGAUGUCUUCCACGUGACUGUUCGGCCAUUCGUCUCGAAGGAGGACGCGACCUCCUUGCGCACGGAUUUCAACAUUGACCCGGACCGCUUGCGAAAGCAGGUCAUCUACUUUACCGUCACGGCCCAGGCAGUCAACUUUGCCAUGGAGACUAUUGUCCCCAUGUUGAAGCAGCGCCUCACCCGUGAAUACAAGGAGUACAACCGGAGAAAGAACGGCAAGGUCGAGUCCGAGAAUGGCUCGGAGGCCAAGAGAGAGGCUCUGUUCGAUGAUCAUCCGGACGAAACCAAGUUCCUUACCCGGGUGCGGAACGAGGCAGACAUGGAGGACUACGAUGUGACCGAUGACUUGCGCGAGAUGUGUAUCCAGUUCGGAUACCUGGCCCUGUUUUCGCCUGUCUGGCCGCUAGUCCCCGUCUCUUUUCUGGUCAACAACUGGAUUGAGCUUCGGUCCGAUUUCUUCAAGAUCUGCAUGGAGUGCAAGAGGCCCUGGCCACAACGUGCUGACACCAUUGGGCCCUGGCUGGAAAGUCUAGGGUUCCUGUCGUGGGUCGGAAGCAUCACCAGUACCGCCCUUCUGUACAUGUUCAGUAAUGGCCAUGAGGGUCCGAACGGCGAGCCGACUGCGAUCCGAGGGUGGGUGCUGCUGCUGACGAUUUUCUUCUCUGAGCACAUUUAUCUAAUGGUGCGUUAUGCUGUACGAGCUGCCAUAGCCAAGCUGGAGCCUCCGAACGUCAAGAAGGAGCGGACGGAGCGGUACAUGAUGCGUAAGAAGUAUUUGGAGUCGACUGUCGGUGCCCACAGCAGUGAUGAUGAAGGGGAUGACAACGAGCAAGAUCAUUCGAUGGAGGUCACGGACAUUACUCGGAAGUCGCUGGAAGAGGAUGCUCGUGAGUGGUCGACUCAUGAUACCGACCCCGCGGAGAGGUUCUGGAUGCGACAGAAGGGGUGGAAAGAAUCCGCUCAUGUCGGGGCGACCAUCAUCAAGACGCUGGUGACCGAGCCUACCUCGAAGAAAGAGCAAUGAUCCGCCUGACUGAGUCUGAUUGCCUAACUGAUGAUGUGUCUUGUCCGUCCUUGAUGAUGUUUCCGCCAUGUGACACCGAUGACCGGUAUCACAGAAGUAUAUAGAUCAUGAGUGAAUAAGGAACUUCCCUGAUGUCCAUAUAUGCCCGGGACGUUUGUAUGAACUGGAGCGUGGUUUGAUGCGUCCAUGCCAAUCUGUUCAAUAUCAUGCUGAAUAUAGUAUACGAUGGUCAUGCUGAACAACCGUAGCCAUCCCUGUGAGAGUACUGUGUUAAGGCCAGGUUACUCAAGACUCAUGACGAGCAUGAAGCCAUCUCCAACAUGGAUCCC